AGCUCUGGGCCACAGAGACGGAGUCAAUGCUGGCCUAGAGAGGCGACGGCUGGACAAGAGAGGAAUACAAGCUUCCGCUCACCCAAGAGGCAAGAUGGCCACGGCUGGGGGCGGCUCUGUAGUUGACCUGGGAAGUCGGGGUCUUCUUCGCCUUUUGUCUUUCUGCGUCCUACUGGAAGUUUUGUGCAGUGGAAACUCAGUGGAGAGGAAGAUCUACAUCCCCUUAAAUAAAACAGCUCCCUGUGUCCGUCUGCUCAAUGCUACCCAUCAGAUCGGCUGCCAGUCUUCCAUUAGUGGGGACACGGGGGUUAUCCACGUAGUGGAGAAGGAGGAGGACCUGCAGUGGGUGUUGACUGAUGGCCCCAAUCCCCCUUACGUGGUUCUGCUGGAGGGCACGCUCUUUACCAGGGAUGUGAUGGAGAAGCUGAAGGGGACAACCAGCCGGAUUGCUGGCCUUGCAGUGUCCUUGGCCAAGCCCAGUCCUGCCAAGGGCUUCUCUCCCAGUGUGCAGUGUCCCAAUGAUGGGUUUGGUGUUUACUCCAACUGCAGCACAAUACAGUGGAACUCCCUGGGCAAUGGCUUGGCUUAUGAAGACUUUAGUUUCCCCAUCUUUCUUCUCGAAGAUGAAAAUGAAACCAAGGUCAUCAAGCAGUGCUAUCACGACCACAACCUGAGUGAGAACGGCUCAGCUCCUGCCUUCCCGCUGUGUGCCAUGCAGCUCUUCUCACACAUGCAUGCUGUCAUUAGCACGGUCACCUGCAUGCGGCGCAGCUCCAUCCAGAGCACCUUCAGCAUCAACCCAGAAAUCGUCUGUGACCCUCUGUCCGACUACAAUGUGUGGAGCGUGCUUAAGCCUGUCAAUACAUCUGGGACACUAGAGCCUGAGGACAGGGUGGUGAUCACUGCCACCCGGCUGGACAGCCGGUCCUUUUUCUGGAAUGUGGCCCCAGGGGCUGAAAGUGCCGUCGCCUCCUUCGUCACCCAGCUGGCAGCAGCUGAAGCCCUGCAGAAGGCCCCCGACGUGACCAGCCUGCCCCGUAAUGUCAUGUUCGUCUUCUUCCAAGGGGAAACUUUUGACUACAUUGGCAGUUCCAGAAUGGUCUACGAUAUGGAGAAGGGGAAGUUCCCUGUGCCGUUGGAGAACAUCGACUCGUUCGUGGAGCUGGGCCAGGUGGCCUUAAGAAACUCACUAGAGCUUUGGAUGCACACGGACCCCGUGUCUCAGAAAAAUGAGUCUGUACGGAGCCAGGUGGAGGCGCUGCUGACCACGCUGGAGAAGAGCGGCACUGGUGUCCCUGCUGUAGUCCUCCGGAGGCUCAAUCAAUCCCAGCCCCUGCCACCAUCUUCUCUACAGCGCUUUCUUCGAGCUCGAAACAUCUCUGGCGUUGUUCUUGCUGACCACUCCACUGUCUUCCGUAACCUCUAUUACCAGAGCAUUUACGACACCGCUGAGAACAUUAAUGUGAGCUACCCCGAAUGGCAGAGCCCCGAAGAGGACCUGAACUUUGUGACCGACACCGCCAAGGCCCUGGCAGAUGUGGCCACAGUGCUGGGACGCACCCUUUACCAGCUUGCAGGGGGACUCAACUUCAGUGACACCGUUCAGGCCGACCCCCAAACGGUCACGCGCUUGCUCUACGGCUUCCUGGUCAGAGCCAACAACUCCUGGUUCCAGUCCAUCCUCAGGCAGGACUUGCGGGCCUACUUGGGUGAUGGGCCUCCCCAGCACUACAUCGCUGUCUCCAGCCCCACCAACACCACUUACAUUGUCCAGUAUGCUUUGGCAAACCUGACUGGCAAGGUGCUGGACCUCACCCGAGAGCAGUGCCAGGAUCCAAGUAAAGUCCCCAGUGAAAACAAGGAUCUGUAUGAGUACGUGUGGGUUCAGGGCCCUCUGGAUUCCAACAAGACGGACCGGCUCCCCCGGUGCGUGCGUUCCACGGCUCGACUGGCCAGGGCCUUGUCCCCUGCCUUUGAACUGAGGCAGUGGAGCUCCACUGAGUACUCUACGUGGACUGAGAGCCGCUGGAAAGACAUCCGUGCCCGCAUAUUUCUGAUAGCCAGCAAAGAGCUUGAGCUCAUCACCCUGAUGGUGGGCUUCGCUGUCCUCGUCUUCUCUCUCAUCGUCACCUACGGCAUCAACGCCAAAGCCGGCGUCCUUUUCAUUGCUCCCCGGGAGCCGGGGUCGGUGUCUUACUGAAGUGGACCCCAGCUUCUCCGACAGCUCUGCAGUUCACUUCUUAGGUCAUUUAUUCCACUGGAUAUAUACCACUUGUUUGUCACUGGAACCUUUCUGGGCCUGGCUCAGACUGGGACUAACAUAAAGAAGCGGAACUGGCCAAAAAAAGACAGCGAAAGAGAAACAAGUCCCUUCUCCCCCCUCCGGCUCCCCUUCCCCUGCCAGAUUCAGGGAUGCCAAGUAGAGGCCUCUUGCUCCUGUUUGACUCCUGGUCACCCACCCUAACUUGCCUUCUUCGGAAUCCCUCUUCUGCUCUUUCCGUCCUGCCCUGUGCCUCCCUCUGCUCCCCACCCACACCACCUGGACCCAGCCACUUUCCUGACCAGGAAGAAGGAAAUGCAGGGUUGGACGCCAGGACCUAACUGUAAGCCCUGAGAAGGAGGACAGGGCCAUCCUUGGGCUGAGGCUGCGGUCCCACCCCCAGGCAAUGGCACGUCAGGGUGGGUGUGCUGGGGGGCGCUGUAGCCCACACUGCAGUUGUAAUUUUUAUUAAGCUGUAAUAUCUA